AUAAAGUUUAUUAUUAUUAUACUAAACCGAUAAAAAGGUUGAUAUCAAAUUUAAAUAAGUCGGCGGAUGAUUUCAUAUCUACAUCGGAUAAGUUGAGAAAUAACUACAACAUUCAUAAUAUAGGACCGGAUAACUUUAUGGUAUAUAAUCCAGAACAAACUGGAUAUUAUCGAGUCAAUUACGAUAUCGAGAACUGGCGAAGAAUGGCAAGUUAUCUAAAUUCUACAAAUUAUAGGGAAAUACAUGUUUUGAAUCGUGCUCAAAUUAUCGAUGACGCUUUCCACUUAAUGAUAACAAACCAACUUAAUUCCACUGUAUUCUGGAAUAUUGCAAAAUAUCUAUCACAAGAAACAGACUACGUGGCAUGGUAUCCUAUGUUUAAAGCUUUAGAAUAUCUGUCCAAUAUCUUUCUAUUUCAGGAAAGAAUAUAUAUUAAAAUCAAGGUGAAAGUGUUAAUCUUACUAUACAAGUUGCUUGAUUCACUUAAAUACAAUGAACUUGAUUCUAAUGAACACGAUCUUACAAAGAGUUUGAGAAUGGAGGCUGCGAAAUGGGCAUGUAAUCUUGAUGGUCGCAUAUGCAUAGAAACAGCCCAACAUAACUUAAUUUCACAUCUCGAGAAUCCAGAAAAGAACACGCUUUUGCCAUGGUGGAAAGAAUGGACAUAUUGUCAAGGUUUAAAAAUAUUGUACUAUCCUCUUAGCAGUGAAAGUAUGAAGGAUUCACCUUGGUGGAAAGUAUAUCGUCUGGGAAAAGAAAAAUUUAAAACUAAAUUUUUAAAAUAUCUGUCUUGCCCUGAGGAUUCAAUAUUUAUCAUACCCUAUUUAAAUCUAAUAAAAAAUGAUAGUGCACCAUCGAUUAUAUUUUUAAAAGAUUUUUCCGAUAAAGAUUAUAUUGAUUAUUUUCUUUUUACUAUCGCAAAGCAUGCAAGGAAUCCUGUAGUACUCGAUUUCAUAUUACACAAUCUUAAAAAUAUAAAACCUAAACAAAUCAGCGAGUAUGCAACAUUUACUGUAAUUAUUAAUCAUGUGUAUUCCACAGAUCAACUCCAAAAGAUAAACGACUUCAUAACAGAUAAAUUUCUUAAUGUAAUGCAAGUUAAAUUAAAUGAAUGUAAGAAGUUAUCGCGUUUUGUGAAUGAAAGAAAUACGAAAGUAGAGACAUGCUUUACAGAAUUAGCAGAAAAUUUCACAUGUAUGCAACCAUAUACUUCAAAUAUUGUAAGCAAACUACAAAUGCGCUUUUUCGAAAUCAAAAGUCAACAGAAUUACUUUCAAAAUUUUGUCAAAUAUCAACAAUAACCGUUUGAUAGAAGUAACAAUUGUGACGCAAAUACAUCUAUAUAUCUUUUUGACAAAUAGCUUUUUAUAAUGUUUAUAGUUUUUAUUUAUUAUUUAUGCUUAUGUACGUUAAUAAUAUAUAAUUAAAUAC